AAAAAUCCCUUGGGCCAUUAUUACCGCCCAUCACCCCUCGCCAUCAUGAAGAUACGCCUGGGACGCAAGGGCAUCCUGCGCACAUACCCUCGGAACGUCUACCCAACGCACCAGGCGGAGCUCGAGUUUGUAUGCAGCGGACCGGCGGCGACGGCGGACGGCGACUUUGAGCGAGCGAAAAUCGCUGACCUGGGCUGCGUUGUCCUCGAUGACAAGAAGGCGAGCAACAAAUACUACCACGCCGCUGUCGUGAGGCAGAUCGUACCCAAGGCGUCGCCCGCUGCGCUCGAGAUUGAGGCACAGGCCGCCCAGGCCGCCCAGGUCGCUCAACCAGCAGAGACUCCAUUGGCGGGAAAAACCGCCAAGACGAAGAAGAAAUUGACCCAAGCUCCAGACGAAACGACGCCUCCCAGCGAAACAAGAAACUCUUCCACAGAGACGACAAACCAGCAAGCGACAGAUGCCAAGUACAGCCCACCAGAACGUCUGCCGACUGGCGAGUACGUGCGUCAUUUUGUCUACACAGAAUGGGGCCGCACGCGCGUCCAGGACAAUUCAAUCUCGUUCAUGUGGUACGAAUGCGAUUCUGAGGCCAACGCCCAAGCUCUGUUUGUGAAUUGCCUCAUGGAGAAGAAUGUCAAGCGAGGCAUCUGGGUGGACGAUCCAGCCUUGGGAAGGGUGCUGCAACCCAAGCCGGAUCAAGAUUUGUAUCUCGUCCGUCCUCAGGCUGUUCGCAGCACUGGUCUUGCAUCCGCCAAGCUCAUCGGACUGCAACCACACCCACCACGCGUGGCAAAAGACAAGACACCCCACAACAACAACGCGCCGCUCGACACUUCAACAGCUUCUGCACCCGUGGCAAGCGACGGCUUGUUUUCAGUCGACCCGAUAGACGAUGACAACUUGGAAGCCAUCCUUCGAGAAAUGGACGAGCAGGAACGAGCGCCCUCCGGAGUCCAGACGCUCUUGAACGGCGAGACGCAAACCCUCCACCCCGUCUCGGCGCAAUUGGUGAGCGAUUUGCUCGUCGAAACGCGAGGCUAUAUCCAAACAACCCUCGUGAGUGACGCCCUGCCGACCGUCAGUGCGAUUGUCGAAGCACAAAAAGUUGUAAAGCAAGCGUUCGAGCGUGUGCAGCUCAUGGAAACCGGAGCGACAGAGCCCAGCGCAAGCACAUCCGCAAAAGCCACCAAAACCGCUGCCGUGGAGCAACCUCGUCAGGAAGAAUCGUCACCCUCCAAAGCCAAGGCAUCAGCUGACGACAGUAAGAAGGCCAAGCCAAAGCGAGUAACGCCGACUGUAUCGCAUGCCUGGGAUUUGUACGCAAACGACCCGGAGCUCAAAAAACUGUCUCGCAUGCUGCUGUCCCGCAUUCCUCGUCAUCUUCCUCGGACGCGUUCUAGUACGCACAUGGGUGUACUAUCUCCGGAAAACCUGCAGCAAUGGCACGAAGACCUCGAUUUGAUCAAAACACAACUGCAAAUGCAAGUCAAGCGAGCGCGGGUCACGCGUAUGGCCGCUGCCGCCGCUGUCGCGGCCGCUUGUGGAUCUCCUUCGCAAGACAGCAACGCCGCGCAGCUGCCAUCCAAUCUUGAGCUGGAACGCGCUGCGAGCUUGUUUGGCCUGCGGCUGGAGCUGAUUGGAUCUCGGCAGCUGUCGUCCACUGGCAGCCUCGAAUCCUUGCAUCCCAAGAACGCAGCCGAGCUGGACUGGUUGCAAAAGUGGAUACCCGCCACGACGGACACACCACCCGUGCCCGGGGCGCAUGCACACCAUCAUCGCGGGAAAGCAGCGAUUGCCAGCCCCACCGAUAAAGCGCUCAGUAUUGAUCUGGUCAAUGUCUGGGACGUUUCACCCAUCGAUCCCUCCGUCGAAACAAAGUUUCUCGCUCGCCAAGUGGAAAUCGCUGCGCAGUGCGCGGGCGUGCGGUCUCUGUUGAAUGACCCGCAAGGUCUGCUGCCCCCGCACAAGCUUGAUCCGACAAUCACGGCUGGUCGGCUUCAUGAUGCUGGCAUUUCCGUCUCGCCUGGUCCAAUCGUUCCUCGUGGAGCGGACUUUUCCAUGGUUGCAUCUCAACCAAGCAUAGCGCGGCCUGAUUUGCUGCGCCGCUUUGGCGACGAGCAGCUGGCGUGGCGUGCAUCCGCGAUGGCCCACAGUCGCACGGCGUGCUUGUUUCAUGGCACGCGCAGCCGCAACGUCCUGAACAUUCUUCGCAACAACUUUGUCAUGCCAAAGUGGCUCGUUGGCGUGGUUAUCUCGGGAGCGCUGCUGGGACCUGGCAUGUACUUUGCGGACGACUGGCGCAAGUCUGCCCAGUUUACUGUCUCGCCCCAUGCCGAAGGCUCCAAAUUCGCGGCAGCUCUCACACAGCGCGCGGCUUUGAGGCCAGGUGCCUCGGCGACCUCGGCUCCGUUCGCCAUCCCCCCAAGCGACGCCGCCGGAAGCAAGCUCAAGCACGAUCGUGGCGGCUUCUUGUUCCUUUCUGACGUGAUUCUUGGCAAGCCGCGCGAAGCACCUCGACCCAAACCAUUCCUCAAGGCGCCGCACGGCCACCACUCUGUGCUGGCACGCGCCGGAUCGUCACCCCUCAUUGUCCAAGACGAGUGGGUCGUGUACGAUCCUUCCCAGCAAAUUCCUCGCUAUCUCGUCGAGUUUGUGUUGCGUGAUGCGUGAGCGACAGCUGAGUUUUAAAGUAAAAGGAAAUUAAAAAAAAUGUGUACAUGA